CGUGGGCCGGAUCUGGAGUGGAGCCGACGGCUCUUUUUAUAUCAUCUUCUGUCGCAACCGAAUGAAAGGAAGAGCAAAUAUAUAUAUGUGAGUGCGCCGGAGAAGGGCCUUACUAGUUUGCACACCACAAGAGACUGUGCUACGUUCCUGGAGACGAGUGAAGGAAUUACCGGAUAAUAUCAGUGUCGCCCCUGCUACCCACACUCACACGGAUCAACCUGAGGAGAGUCGACGUCUCCGUCCAGGCCAGAGAUUGCAGGCUUCACCCGACCAGCUGUCCUUGUUUCUUCGUGUCUGAGCCCCCGCCACAAGAACCACAAUAACAGUUGUGUAGCGAAACACAAGCACCCCUGUGACCCGACCAUUUACCCCUCCCCUUUGUUUCUUUCGUUUGCCCCCUUUCCUAAAUAAUGGCAACCCCGAGGACAGUGUCGCACGCGCUACUCGUCCUGGCCCUGACGUGCUCUCUGUCUCUGGCGGCGCCGGCCGUGGAUCCCAGAUCUGCCACCACGAACACAAACGCGCCCUCGCGGGGCUCGGGAUCCAAGCUACUGUACCGGGACGCCGUGGCGGUCGUGGACAACAUGCACGAGUUCUUGAGCACCCUGAGCGAGUUUGAGGAGGUCAAGGCCGGGGAAGGGGCGCGCGAGGAGGAGAUGAUACGCUACGGGAUCCCGGCCAGGUCCAAAAAGGAAAACGUAGGGUUCCAGAUGCCCGGCUGGAGGAGGAGGCGGCGCCGCAGCACGGUAGAGGAGGACUUGGUGUCAGCUGCCUUCUUCGGUCGCCUUGAUGACCAAGCAGACGUCAUGGUGAAUGCGAUCCACAAGUUUUUGGAUGAUUUGCACAAGGUUCGACAAUUUUACGAAGGCAAGAGCGUGUACCGGGAAAGCAGGAAUUACCACCUAGGCGAGUCCAGAGGACUAGCCCCGGGCGAUGGUCAGGUACAGUCUCAAGAGUGACGCGGAGUCAACUGCGUAGGAACGGAACAUAAAACACGCAUAAUUAACUAAAGGUCAAAUUGUACGGGAAACAACUGAUCAUUUCAUUUUGCAGGCAUGAAUUAUUUUGGGAAAGUACAUGCUCAAGUCAAUGUGGAUUAACUGUAAAGUAUUCUGUUUGGGAAACAAGAUGAAUAUGAUUUUAUGUAAUUAAUAAGACUGAUUUGAGUACGACAGUUUUGGACUCUGACAACUAGGCUUACAACAUCAACGCGAUUAAAGAUGUCACUGUCAGAGACAGUGCCACAUAGUGUACCCCAAUUCCGCCUGGUUUCCCGACGUCUAGCUAUUGAGCAGAUGUUGAUUAUUUUAAAAGUGGCUUUGCUAAUCAACCUGAGAUAAUUUACAGGUGGCGAAUAUGAGAGCCGCUAACAAAUGUGUCGAGGUUCGAUACGGAGGCAUGUAUAGUAAAUCAAUUGUUCAUGCAAAAUAUUGUUUCAUCUUUGCAUUCUUGCCGUGUAUCAGCUGUCUUUAAGGGUGCGCUGAAUGGGACGACCUGAGCCCAGUGCUGUAAAAGCGACCUUUCCUAAGUCAAUUAAGACUUUGGCCAUUGCGUUCACGACAAUGGUCAAACGGGAUUUGUAAGAUAAGUUUUAUCCCUCGCAAAACAUACUUUCCGGUAUGAAUGAGGCUUUUCUUUAUCCAAUCCAUUGUUUAUAUUAAGUACAAACUUCAUGACUAUGGUCAGAAAAUAGCUGAAAACAGGAAAUUAAUCAUUUCAGAAAGGAGGCACGAACAUAUAACACUGAUAGCCAAGAAUGGCAAUAAUAGUUCCGGACAAUGGUUAGAACGCAUUGGAAAAAUUCUUCAAUAAGUGUACAAAAUGAUAACACAACACGACCAGCAAAUGCAGUAAAAAAAAGUAACGCACAGAUAUAAACUAGGUAGUUUCAGUAUUGCAAUGUCGCAAUCAACCCUUGUCUCUUGGUAGGCCUUGCUAUUUCUAAUGAACACCCUAAAUGUCUUGUAAAUGUGCGUGGUAUCAGCAGAUAUAAUACAAAGAAAACCCACAGGGCGUCAAAAAAAACCCGAACCCUCAAAAGUGCCCUUUUUUACAGCUUUGUAAAGCAUAAGUCAACUUUAUUU